AUGCACUCAGAGGGGUAUCCAGUUUCGGGCCGCUGGCAUUUUUCACAGCAGCACAACAUCCUCCUGCGGGCCUCAUCUCCUCGCUCAGUGCAUGUCCACAGGAGCGGAGGUGGGGGCGAAGGUGCGGGCGAGGUGGGGAAGGAUGACAUCAUCCGUGUGCUCGCAGAGGAAAUCGUGUUUGGGAUUAGGGUCGGCGCAUCGCUGGGCAUAGCUGUCUCUGUGCUGCUGCCACAGCUGCUCACUUUCUAUACGCUCACGUAUGUAUAUGACCUAGAUAGUCAAAGACGAAAUCAUAAACAAAGUUUCCACUGGUCCUGUUUUAAUCUUCUCUAUCUCCUAUCUGUUUCAGAUGGCAUCCACUCUGUGUCGGCGCAAUGCCUUCUCCAAGUGACCAUCAUCACAGAUGAGAUGCUGUCCAACAGUAUCACGCUGCGUCUGGCCAACACCUCCCAGGAGCACUUCCUGUCCCUGCUGCUCGCCCAGUUCCUGGAUGGCGUGGCGCGGGUCCUGUCCGCCGCCCCGGAAGACGUGGUCAUCUUCAACAUCCAGGACGACACCGACGUCAGCGCCCGCAUCCUCAACGUCAGCCUAUCCGUGGCCGUGCCGGCGUUCGGGGAGGGCCACCAGCGCCCCGGUGGGCCGGGAAGCGAUAGGCCGGGGGCUAGGCCUGAGGCCGGAGAGUUCUUCGGCUCAGAGGAGCUUCAGGAGAGGCUGUACUUGAACCGCAGCCUCCUGGCUCAGAUCUCCUCCCAGGAGGUCCUCCCGUUUGACGACAACAUCUGCCUGCGGGAGCCUUGUGAGAACUACAUGAAGUGUGUGUCGGUGCUGAAGUUUGACAGUUUGGCGCCGUUUGUUGCGUCCGAUACCAUACUCUUUCGACCCAUCCACCCCAUUGCCGGGCUGCGCUGCCGCUGUCCCACCGGCUUCACUGGAGACUACUGCGAGACGGAGAUAGACCUCUGCUUCUCUACACCGUGUGGAGCCCACGGGCUCUGCCGCAGCAGGGAGGGAGGCUUCACCUGCGAGUGCUUUGAGGAUUACACAGUUUUGCCUCAGCAACUGCUGCAGCCUCCCAUCCCCACGAUCCAGACAAACGGCACAUGUGUAAGGGGCUGCAGGGCCGAGGAGGAAGAAGAGGACGAGGAGGACGAGGGCUCAGGGUUGCAGUGUUCUGUCGGUCGACCUGCUGCGCUCCUCAUUGAAGUUACCGUCGUUUUGCUGGCCCAGUGUGUCUUCCGUCUCACAGGAGAACGCUGUGAGCUGUCCUCCCGCUCGGGCCGCUGUGCGGCCGGCGUCUGCAAAAACGGAGGCUCCUGCGUGAACCUGCUGGUCGGUGGCUUCAAGUGCGAGUGUCCGGCGGGUGGCUACGAGAAGCCCUUCUGCGAGAUGACCACUCGAAACUUCCCCCCCAACUCCUUCCUCACCUUCAAGGGUCUCCGCCAGCGCUUUCACUUCACCCUCUCUCUUACAUUUGCAACCAAAGAAUCUAGCGGUUUGUUGUUCUACAACGGCCGUUUCAACGAGAAACACGACUUCAUUGCCAUGGAAAUCAUCAGUGAACAAAUACAGCUCACCUUCUCUGCAGGAGAAACCAAAACAACAGUUUCUCCGUUCAUCCUCGGAGGAGUCAGUGAUGGCCAGUGGCACGUGGUGGAGGUUCACUACUACAACAAGCCAAUUCUAAACCAAGCCGGCUUGCCGCAGGGCCCCUCGGACCAGAAGGUUGUCGUAGUGACGGUGGAUAACUGCGACACCUCGGUGGCGCUGAGGUUUGGUCACAUGAUCGGAAACUACACCUGCUCUGCCCAAGGCAGCCAGUCAGGAUCCAAAAAAUCUCUGGACCUGACCGGACCCCUGCUCCUCGGAGGAGUCCCUAAACUCCCCGAAGAUUUUCCCGUUCGCAACCAGCAGUUUGUGGGAUGCAUGAAGAACCUGCGCAUAGACAACCAGCACAUAGACAUGGCCAGCUUCAUUGCAAACAAUGGCACUCUGCCAGGAUGUUCUGCCAAGAGACACUUCUGCAACAACAAUCCAUGUUUGAACGGAGGUACCUGUGUGAACCUUUGGGGCUCCUUCAGCUGUGAGUGUCCACUUGGAUUCGGAGGACAGAACUGUGAGAGAGUCAUGGCUAGCCCACUGCGUUUCCAGGGUAACAGCAUGUUGCAGUGGAACAACCUGGAGGCGGUGGCGGCCUCAGUCCUCUGGCACAUAGAGCUCAUGUUCCGCACUCGCCAGUCCAGCGCCACACUGCUGCACAUCUCCUCCGGCCUGCAGCACAACCUCACUCUGCAGGUUCGUGGAGGAAGUGUGCUGAUGGGACUCCACAGGGGGGAGGACUCCACUCUCUCCCGCGUGGAAGAGGUUCUGGUGAACGACGGCGACUGGCAUCAUUUGCAGCUGGACAUCAGCAGUCUGGGAGGAGCGGCCAGCCACCACAAAGCAGUGCUGUCCUUAGAUCACGGACUCUACCUGGCUAGUAUGGAGGUAGACGGGAAGCUGCGGGACUCCAAACUGAAGGCAGUGUGUGUCGGAGGUUUGGCCAGGCCUGAUGGGAAAGUGCAGCAUGGCUUCCGGGGUUGUAUACAGGGCCUGCGUGUCGGCGGGGCUCUUAGUUUGUCUCAGGCGAGGAAGGUGAAUGUGGAGAAGGGCUGCAGCGUGCCCGACCCCUGCAGCUCCAACCCCUGUCCCGCCAACAGCUACUGCAAUGACGACUGGGACAGCUACUCCUGCACCUGCGUCAACGGUUUCUAUGGCACUAACUGCACUGAUGUGUGCUCACUGAACCCCUGUGAAUACGAGUCCAAGUGCACCAGGAAGCCAAGCUCCUCUCAAGGCUACACCUGUGACUGUCCCAGAAACUUCUUUGGCCGAUACUGCGAGAAAAAGACCGACUUGCCAUGUCCAAGAGGCUGGUGGGGUCACAAAACAUGUGGCCCCUGUAACUGUCCCACGGACAAAGGUUUUGAUUCCGACUGCAACAAGACAAAUGGAGAGUGCCGCUGUAAGGACAACCACUACCAGCUUGAAGGCAGUGACACCUGCCUGCUGUGCGACUGCUACCCGAUUGGCUCAUUCUCCAGAGCUUGUGACAGAGAAACUGGGCAGUGUCAGUGUAAAGCUGGCGUCAUCGGGCGCCAGUGUGAUCGCUGCGACAACCCGUUCGCCGAGGUUUCUCCUAAUGGCUGCGAAGUAAUCUAUGACAGCUGCCCUCAGGCCAUCGAGGCAGGAAUAUGGUGGCCCAGGACUAAGUUUGGUCUCCCUGCAGCGGUUCUCUGUCCCAAGGGAACUAUUGGCACAGCCAUCCGACACUGUGACGAGCACAAGGGCUGGCUGCCUCCCAAUCUCUUCAACUGCACCUCAGCCACUUUCAUCAAGCUGAAAGCCCUGUCUGAAAGGUUUUCCCGUAACGCAACGUUCCUCGAACCUGGACAAGUUCAGCAGACGGCGGCCAUGUUAGCCAACGCCACCUUGCACACAGAGAAGUUCUACGGCAGCGAUGUGAAAGUGGCCUACCGCCUCACACAGAGGCUGCUGCAGCACGAGAGCAUCCAGCAGGGCUUCAACCUCACGGCCACGCAGGACGUCCACUUCACUGAGAACCUGGUCCGUGUGGGCAGUGCCAUCCUGGCCCCAGACACGCGGCCGCACUGGGAGCUCAUCCAGCACGCGGAGGGCGGCACCGCGGCUCUGCUGCGCCACUUCGAGGAGUACGCAAACGCCUUGGCUCAGAACAUGAGGAAGACCUACCUGAGCCCCUUCACCAUUGUCACACCACACAUGGUCAUCUCUGUGGACCGUCUCAAGAAGAUGAAUUUCGCGGGAGCCAAACUUCCACGCUACCAGUCCUUAAGGGGCCCGCGUCCCGCAGACCAGGAGACCGCCGUCACCCUCCCCGAUUCAGUCUUUCAGCCGCCGGUGGACACCAAAGGCCACAGGCACCUGGACGUCUUCCCGGAGUCCUCGCUGAAGAACCGCUCGGCUAACAGGAAGAGACGCCACCCCGAUGACAGCCAGCAGGACGCCAUCGCCAGCGUCAUCAUCUUCCACAGCCUGGCCUCGCUCUUACCGGAGAGCUAUGACCCAGACAAGAGAAGCCUGCGAGUGCCAAAGCGGCCGGUCAUCAACACACCGGUGGUCAGUAUCACCGUGCACGACAACGACGAGCUGCUGCAGCACGCGCUGGACAAACCCAUCAACGUGCAGUUCCGCCUCAUCACCACCGAGGAGCGCUCCAAACCCAUCUGCGUCUUCUGGAACCACUCCAUACUAGCUGGAAAUGGCGGCUGGUCGGCCAAAGGCUGCGAGGUGGUUUUCAGGAACAGUACCCACAUCAGCUGCCAGUGCUACCACAUGACCAGCUUUGCGGUGCUGAUGGAUAUCUCCAGGAGGGAGAAUGGGGAGAUCCUGCCCAUCAAGAUCCUGACGUGGAGCACAGCGGGUGUGACCCUCGGCUUCCUUUUCCUCACCACAAUCUUCCUCCUGUGCCUGAGAGCCAUGCAGUGCAACAAGACGAACAUAAUCAGCAACGGAGCCACCGCUCUCUUCCUCUCUGAGCUCAUCUUUGUCCUGGGCAUUAACCAGGCUGACAACCCGUUUCUCUGCACGGUCAUCGCCAUCCUGCUGCACUUCUUCUACCUCUGUUCUUUCUCCUGGCUCUUCCUGGAGGGGCUGCACGUUUACCGCAUGAUCAGCGAAGUGCGAGACAUCAACUAUGGACCCAUGAGAUUCUACUACCUGAUUGGCUGGGGGGUGCCAGCAUUCAUUACAGGCUUGGCGGUGGGACUGGACCCCGAAGGGUAUGGUAACCCGGACUUCUGCUGGCUGUCCAUGUACGACACGCUGAUCUGGAGCUUUGCAGGACCCAUCGCCAUGGUGGUGUCUAUGAACGUCUUCCUGUACAUCCUAUCAUCCCGAGCCUCCUGCUCGAUGAGACACCACAGCAUCGAGAAGAAAGAGCCCCGUGUCUCAGGCCUGAAAACUGCAGGUGGUGUCCUCUUCCUGGUGUCCGUCACAUGUUUCCUGGCGCUCUUGUCCGUCAACAGUGACAUGAUCAUCUUCCACUACCUGUUCGCAGGCUUCAACUGCAUACAGGGUCCGUUUGUUUUCUUCUUCCGCAUCGUUUUCAAUAAGGAAGCAAGGAACGCUAUGAAAUACUGCUGCAGCCGUAAGCGCCCGGAUCACAUGGUCAAGUCCAAAGCCUCUAGCUAUAAAUCCAACACAAACUACACGGAUGGCAGGUUGUACCACCUUCCCUUUGGUGACUCCAGUGUGUCGCUGAAUGGCACCAUGCAGAGCGGCAAGAGUCAGCAGAGCUACGUGCCCUUUGUCCUCAGGGAUGAUGGACUGAAUAACAGCCAGGCUCAAAUAGCUCUGAACGACCACACAUCACUGUUCCAGGAAACGAAGGAGCGCUUGGAUGAUCACGACAGCGACUCAGACAGCGACCUUUCUCUAGAGGAUGACCAGAGUGGCUCGUACGCUUCUACUCACUCCUCUGACAGUGAGGACGAUGGUCCUCUCCCACCAGAGGAGUGCUGGGAAAACAUGGCUUCCAACGGUGCCAAGAGACCCCAACCCACUGGUAAAGAUGGCUGCCUGACCCGUCCCACUGCCCCUGUUCCUCAUGUGUCAUGUCUAAUGUUGUCUUGUAAAUACCAACAAAAGUACAAAGUCCUCUCUUCAGGAAAUUGGAUCCUUGAUGCUGAGACAAAAAAUAAAAAAAAAUACUCCUUUUCUGUCUUCUUAGACACCAGUUUAAGUAAGAUGUACUGGCCUGGAGAUUACACAGCAGUGGGGGAGGAGGGAGAACGUGCAGGUGGAGACAGGCCCAAUAUGGAAACCCCAGAGCCUGUUCUCGGCCGAAACUUUCGGACUUUAUCGGACGACAGGUCGCAGGACUCCAUGCUGCUGCCCUCCCUGCCAGUGUUCAGCACCCACCCUCACAAAGGAAUCCUGAAGAAGAAGCAGCUUUCUCCUAUUGUGGAGAGGAACGGUCUGCAUCGGAUCCACAACGAACUCUGUGAUAGUGCUCCAGGAUCAGCGUCCCCACAGGGCUCGUCCUCGGGUGAUAGCCGAGCCGGCCCGGCCAAAGCCGGCCUGCCCGACCAGCUGAACGGCGUGGCCCUGAGCAUUAAGGCGGGGACAGUGGACGGUGACUCGUCAGGAUCAGAGUGA